AAUAUUUUCAUUGCUUCCGAUUUUCCUGAAGCAUGACUAUCUAUCAUGACUAGUAUUAUUCUUUAAGCUUGUCAACAAUGGAUGAAUUACUCCUAGAUCUAUUUCAAAAGCUCCACGAUACGGCUGAAAACAGGGGUUUGAUCGUAGAAGAUGACAAGGAAGCCAUCUUUAAGAACCUAAAAUCAAAACAAGAAGUAUUGAAUGUCACUACAAUACAAAGUAUAUUGGAGUUACUCAAGAAAACCUUGAUGCAUGCUAGAAAUGUUCUUGACAAAGCAAAAGUAUUUGAUAUCUUAGCAGAGCUUGCAAAAUCAGAUGAAGUGAGAGAUUUCUGUGUGGAUGCAGGUUGGAUAGCUAUUGCAUUGGAUUAUUUGGAAAAUGAUGAGCAAAGUGUGGUGUUACAUGCUCUGCGAUCAAUUGGAAACAUUUGCUACAAUAAUGAGUUGGGCCGCAAAGCAUUACUGGGUGCUAAUGGUGCUGAUGACAUCUCACGAAAAUUGCAAUCAUUAAAUGAGAGCUAUGACCCUACAAAGGACAAUCGAAUGGAUGUAGUUACCUGUGGUUGUGUACUGAAUCUCGCUACUGAUGAUGUUGAACUUGCUGAAGACUUUGUAAACUGUGGUGCAAUGCCUCAUUUAUUAGGCCUGACUCAACAAAGUAUYCAUAGUAACCCUGUCCUUUGUAGAAUGGCUGUUUCUGCAAUUUCUGAGCUGAUGGAGUGUCCUAAUGGCAAAACUAGCUUCAAAGAGAGUGGUGGACCUGCUAUACUCCUACAAGCCCUUAAGGAAGAUUACAGAGAUGAAGAGCUGUCUUAUCUUUUGCUUGAAACACUAAACCCAUUAGUUAUGGGAGAUGAUAUCAUGAAAAAAGAACUCGUCAAUGCUGGAUGUACCGAGGCACUUAUUCACGUGGUAGACUCGUGCAAAGGUCGUGAAGAUGACGAGAGCUCGAAAUACCGACUGGAGACAGCUUCAGAUAUGAUUGUCACUAUYCUCACUGAUGAUGAGUGCAUGGCAAGAUUAUUCCAGGAUGGUAAUGGAAUCGUUGUCCAGGAAUGUGCUAACUGGUUGAAUUCAAGRAAUAAACAUUUAGAAAUCUCUGGUGCUCUCGCUCUGGGAAACUUUGGACGAUCAGAUCACAACUGCAUCAAGCUCGUAGAGAAAGGUGUCCACAAAGAUUUGYUGAACUUCUUGCCAAUAGCCAAACAAAGACCAGAGUCUUUUAAGUACAUUCAAGCAAUCUUUGGUGCUCUCAAGAACCUUGCUUUACCUCUUCCUAACAAACCGAUUCUUCUAAACGAUGGGUGUUUGGAGGCGUGUYUGUCCCARUUAUCUUCACAGUCAUCACUYGUGUUGACUAAAGUUCUUGGUACAAUGUGCGCUCUUAUGGCGGCUCCAAGCAAAGAUGCAUCGGUCAAAUCUUCGGCAGAAAAUUCAGCCGUCAAGAUUGUAAACACCAAGGGACAACUGGACGUUCUGAUUCGUUUAAGCAAAAGUACUGGGUAUGAAGAUGUGAGAGUCGAAGCAAGUCGRAUACUGGCUGUUGUUGUAAAACAUGGCAAUUCACAAGAAAUAAGUCACAAAAUGAUUACAAGUGGAGGACUUUCACAGAUAGUAGAUAUUGUGACGUCACCGAGGAAUGUGGUUCAAAACGAGGCUCUGAUUGCAAUGACUGUACUUGCCACUACAGUUAAACCGGAGUUCUACCCUAAGUUACGAGAGACUGGAUUGACGCAGUCAUUGCUUAAACUCAUCAAAGARGGAAAUCUUUCCACUCAGUCGUGCUAUAAUGCUAUGGCUUACCUUGAAGCACUUUCCCUGAGAGAUUAUUUUGCUAGAGAUCUUCAAGUCGCUGGUUUUGGUCGGAUAAUGGAAGGAUUGAUCGAUCACACAGAUGAAAACAUUAAAAAACGCGCCCUCAUUAUGGUAACCAGGCUCAAAGCAAAGAAACUCGAGGAGGAAUGAUAGUAAAUACAGCAGCCAAUCU